GAGCUCCCAAGUUGACUUACAUUCUCUCUUAUCUCAAACUUUUAUUUUUUUCUCCCUAUUUAUUCCGCAUAUUCUAGAGGAGGCUGUUUUCAAAAGCAAAUCUAAGGAAGAAAAAUUCAUUUCAGAAAAGCCAACUUUGGAGGAGAUCAGAAAGCAAAAACAAGACUUUUUUUCAAGAUAUGAUAAUCUCAGGGUCAAGUAAUACUCCUCCUUGUAAUUACCCUAAUGUAUCACAAGGAGGCCAGCAGCAAAUCAUCUAUUCCAUGACAGAAGAUCAUCAUCAUGGUGUUUCAUCUUCUUCAUUGCAAGCAAACCCAUCAUCAUCAGCAGCUGGUGGGACAGAAACUCAAUCUGCAGCCUCUCUCUAUUACAGCUUCUCGGCUCUCAAAGAAAAAGUUCACCAAAUUCAAUCCCUGCAAAUGUCUCUUGGCUCGUUUUCUGGAACCUCAACGAACGCACAAGAUCAACUACUUCACCAUAAUCAUCAUCAUCAGCAGCAGCAGCAGCGUGACAAAGUUUCACAACCAAAUAUUGGACAAGAAAGCGGACAGGGAGUUUACUGUGGCGAAACGCUUGAAUGGUUUGGUGGAAACUAUGGCAGUGGUACUACUCCUAAUGCUUGUAAUAAUAUGAAGGAAGACAACAGGAGUUUCAGCCAUGGAAACAAUGCCAAUAGGGUGGAAGGGAAAGCAAUUCCUCAUGAUGAUCAUCAUCAAGUAGAAGGAGAUGGUAAAGAAGGUUUGAAUUAUGAUAUCAUUGAAUUGGAUGCUGCUGAUUUAUUGGCUAAGUACACACACUAUUGCCAAGUGUGUGGGAAAGGUUUUAAAAGGGAUGCAAAUUUGAGAAUGCAUAUGAGAGCUCAUGGUGAUGAAUACAAAACAAGCGCAGCUUUAAGUAAUCCGAUGAAAAAUGCAGUGGGGAUGAAUAGCAAUAAUGAGGAGGAGGAUUUUGGUGUGAAUAAAUUGCCAAGGAAAUACUCAUGUCCACAAGAAGGGUGUAGGUGGAAUAAAAGGCAUGCAAAAUUCCAGCCAUUGAAAUCCAUGAUAUGUGUGAAGAAUCACUACAAGAGAAGCCACUGUCCAAAGAUGUAUAUGUGCAAGAGGUGCAAUAGGAAGCAGUUCUCUGUGCUUUCUGAUUUGAGGACUCAUGAGAAGCACUGUGGAGAUGUGAAAUGGCAAUGUUCCUGCGGGACCACUUUUUCAAGGAAAGAUAAGCUUAUGGGUCAUGUUGCUUUGUUCACUGGUCACACUCCUAUUCUCAAUUCUUUGACUAAAUUACCAGCUGGGAAAGUUGACAGCCUUUCUUCAUCACAGAAGACCCAGACAAUUUCAUAGUAGCUACUAACUAGCUAUAGGUAAUGCAUAUAUAUAAACAUAUAGAUUAUGAUUGAAUAAAAUCCUCAUGGUAGAUGCUUUUGGGGUCAUUAAUUAUAUGUGUUCCCUACCUUUUUUUUUUUUUUUUUGCCCUGUGAUGUAUAUUAAUAAGAAUGCUUACACUAUAGAAUAGUUGGUCUAGGAGCUAGGUGCUUAGCAUUAUUAGGUACGUACAUUGAUUGCAUUGUAAAGUUUGAGAACUUUAUAUUUCUUGAUGAUUGCAUUGUAAAGUUUGAGAACUUUAUAUUUCUUGAUCUUUUUUCACAAACUUGGACACUGGCUAAUGUUGUUAUAAGAUCUCAUUUGUGUAGAAGUGUUACUAUUAAUUAGAACAAAUACUAAUGGGUGAAUUGAAGGAUAUAUAUAUAUAUAUAUAUAAGAUGAAGCACCUGCAUAC